AUGCAACAACGCAGUGUCCUCCAUCGUGACAUCAAACUCGAGAAUAUCCUCAUCGAUGACGACGGUCACCUCCUCCUUUGCGACUUCGGGCUUUCUUGCCAAGGCUCCAAGGCCAGUGCAACUUACUUGAGCGGGUCUCAUAGGUACGUUGGUCUGAGGGGAAACCUGGACAAUGCAUGCUGCGGCACAUGGGAGCUUCUGCCCCCGGAGGCCCUGGCUGGCCGUCCUUAUGGCUACGAGCUGGAUCUUUGGUCUUGGGGUAUUGCUAUGUAUCUCAUGGCCAUGGGAACGGUGAACCUCUUUGAUGGCCUCACCUACGGCAUUUAUCCUCGUAUU